AUGGCUCCAUCCUACUCUCAUCCCAAAAUGGUUCCUUUCAACCUGGUUCUGAAAGAUGUAUACUACAUACCGAAAUUGAUAAGAACCCGCCCGGACGUUUCUAUCGAUGAUGAGCUUUUAGAGGCAACAUCCUCGCACAUGUUUCAUGUCGUUUCUCUCUGCACUGCUGUCUCACAUGGCUGCAGCGUCGAAGCUGUCAGAUCUUAUGUGGAGCACUAUCGCGAGGAGGAGAGUGACUUCAAGGAAAUGAUGCAUUUGGCGACACCUGUCCUGUACUUCGCCAUGGGACGAAACUCGCCUGAGAUGACCAGUCUCCUCCUCAAGUUUGGCAUGAGUCCACACGGUCCGGAUGACGAGGCUCACUUCAUCCCACCUCUUGUUUUCGCAGCGAUUCACGGAUAUCUCCAGUCGCUAGACAUGACCGAGGUUAUCAAGAUCCUCCUUGCAUCCGGUGCUGACCCAAGGACUGUUCCGGAAGACAUUUACCUUGCGCGAGGACUCAAUCUCAGUCAGCGUUAUUUCCUACAUCGAGCGAGCUUAUGCGAGCCUUUAAUGGAGAGAGAAGUGCAGCUUCAUGAGUUGCUAGAGGUGACGGACCUUGGUAAGUUGCCUUACCGCAUCAUCGGCCAACUUCCAGUCCUCAAAACACUUCAGGAGAUUGUCUUCAAUCAGAUGAGCUCGAAUGCUGAUGGAUCUGAUCCUCUUGUCAUGGUGUUCGCCGGCGCUCCGGGCCAUGGCAAGACGGAGUUGGCUCAGCAACUCGGCGAUCUCUUGCGGCUCAAGCAUGUGACGGUCGCUUGCUCACAAAUGGAAACCGAUACCGAGCUUCUAGGCUCCAAGCAAGGCUACGCACGCUCAAAGGAGGGCUCAAAACUGAACAAUCAUCUGUCGCAUAAUAACGGCUUGUGCUCGGUCGUUUUCCUGGACGAGUUCGACAAAACGUCACAGGACGUAUGCGAAUCACUCUUAACUUUGCUUUCAGAGGGAGCCUAUGUGGAUAGACGCAUGAAUCGAAAUAUCGACUGCUCUAAAACCAUCUGGAUAUUGGCUUGCAAUUUAGGCGAUGAAGCGAUUGCGAGCUUUCAUGAAAGCAAGUUAGCACACAAACAAGAGAAGGAUAAAUUGAUUGCGGAUCUUGAACCACUUAUUGGGGAGCUCCGAGAUGCCUUCAAGGAACGAUGGGGAGAUGCGUUCGAGUCACGCAUUGAUGAAGUAGUACCAUUUUUUCCAUUCUCACCAGGAGAGCAAGCUGUCAUGGCUCACAAAUUUCUGCUCGAGAAAGCAGCGAGAUUCCGCAAGGAUAUUGACCUACGCAAAGAAGUCAUUCGUCACAUGGGUCACUGUAUCAUAUCUUUCAAGGACGACAGUAAGCUCUGCAGUUACUUAGCUGAGCGUGGUUAUCAUCGAAGCUCGGGCGCUCGCGGACUGGAGCGAGAGGUGAGGAAGGUUGAAAGGAAGGCACGUAGGCGCUACAAUUGUAUCCGAGGUCUUGUGACAGAAGACAUGAACAAGGGUCCAUUUGAGAAAUUGGAGGUUAGGCUGAUGCUUCGCGGAGAUGGAGGGCAAGAUAUCGGGGUGAUCCGGAAACAAGAAGGGUAA